AUGGAUCAUAGCCAAUCCCCAGUUUCCAGUGUCAAUGAUUCAAAUGGGCAAGCCCAAGAGAUUGAAGAGCAGAGGAAAGAAAGACAUUACUUGCCACUGUAUAAAGCAGCACUGAGAGGUGAUUGGGAAGCUGCAAAGAACAUCUUUAAUGAAGAUAAUGAUGCAUUUACCGCAAUGAUUUCAGGCUUUGGAGAGAUUGCUCUUCAAGUUGCAAUUAGCAAAGAUCGCUCAUCCCUAAGGUUCAUACGUAUGCUUGUACAGUUCAUGACUUCAGAGUCCUUGGAAGCGCAAAAUAUUAAUGGUGAAACAUCUCUUCAUUAUGCUGCUAUUGCUGGAAAUAUUCAAGCAAUAAGGAUCUUGGUGACAAAGAAUCCAUCACUGCUGAAUAAAGGAAACUUCUAUGGCCUUACCCCACUUCAUUAUGCUGCCCAAUAUGGCCACAGGGAAGCAGUUUCCUAUCUUCUGUCAGUGACAGAUCAAAGUCGAUUCACAAACAAAAAUUUCGUCAGACUUGUCAAUCUUUUAAUAACUAUUGAUUUCUAUGAUAAGGCUCUUGAUCUACUACUGUGGCGUCCCAAUUUAGCUACUGAAAAAGAUGAUGAAGGGACAACUGCCUUAGAGACGUUGGCACAAAAGCGUCAAGCAUUUCCAAGUGGAAGCAAUCUUGGUUUUUGUGAACGCUUACUAUAUCGAUUUGCUUCGGUACAGUUAGCUGGUGUCCCUCGAGGUGGAGAUUUAAAAAGUGCAGUUGAUAUUUCAGAAUACCAAAAAGAAUCAAAGAAAUUAGGCUUUCUACACAACAUAUAUAAUACAAAGUUGAAGCACAUUCAAGCACAAGAGCUACUCGAAUUCUUGAUUGGGAAAGCUUUAAAAGGAGGACGCUUAGAAAUCCGCGAGCUACUGAGGAAACCACUACUCAUUUCUGCUAGAUUGGGGAUUUAUGAACUGGUUUUUGAGAUUGUUAAUGCCUACCCUGAAUCAGUUUGGUUUGUUGAUAACGAAGGAAGGAACGUUUUCCAUUUAGCGAUAAUUCACCGCCAAAAAUUUAUUUUCCGUCUCUUUAAUAGGCUGAGUUCGCAUACUAUGCAUCUUGUUAACACAUCAACAGAAACCCACAUGGAAAACUUGUUGCAUCUAGCUGCGAAGUUGGGACCAUUAGAUGAGAUUCCUGGCGUUGCUCUGCAAAUGCAUACGGAGAUGCUAUGGUUUAAGGAAAUAGAAAAGGUUGUCCAACCAUCAUUCAGGGAAAUGAAAGAUGGUAAAGGAAGAACUCCGAGAAUGGUGUUUACAGAAGAGCAUAAGAAUCUAGUUGAGCGAGGUGAGAAGUGGAUGAGAGAUACAGCUUCAUCAUACUCGCUUGUAGCUGUGCUCGUUGUUACAGUAGCAUUCGCAGCAACUUUUACCGUACCGGGCGGCAAUAGUGAAGAUCAUGGGAUUCCUAUAUUCUUAAAUGAGACCUCUUUCAUGAUCUUUACAGCAUCAAAUGCCUUAGCCCUGUUUUCUGCAACUACCUCACUGUUGAUGUUUCUGGGGAUACUCUCAUCAAGAUAUGCAGAAAAUGAAUUUCUCAAGGCCUUGCCAAGGAGGCUGUGCAUCGGUCUUAUCACCUUAUUUUUUUCAAUUGCAUCUAUGUUGGCGGCCUUCAGUUCAGCCCUUUACAUAGUUGUAUUUCAUCGAGUGAGGUGGUUUGCAGCUCCAAUUGCUGUACUAGCUUCUGCACCUGCUACAUUGUUUUUAUUUCUGCAGUUGCCUCUUCUGGUUGAGAUGGUUUCUUACACAAUAUUCCAACCUAGCAUUAUUCGUCAACAAACUGAAGAAAUCAUCUUUUAG